AUGACCGACAUCACCAAUUCAUGUCAAUUCCAUGGUCGUGACGACGAGGAUGCCCCCGCUCAUAUCAAUCGCAUCACUCGUCUUUGCAGCACCUUCUCCAUUGAGGGUGUCAAUCUUGAUGCUAGGUAUCUUCAGCAUGGUCUAUCCGAUUGGGCGUUAGUCGAGAAAUUCUACAAUGGUCUCACUCCUGAGAUUAGAGCUCGUUUCGAUACUUCAGCAGGAGGUCAGCUUAUGGGAAAGAAAACGGUGGCUGAGUGUAAUGAUUUGUUUGAGAGCUUUGCCCACUCCGAUAUGGACUACAGCACUACCAGCAGAACUUCCAUUCCUGUACGUACCACCUCGGCCGGUCGAGGGGUAAACCAAGUUAGCGUGGAUCCAUCGGUAGCUGCUGUAGUCGAGGAUUUGAGGCAGGAGUUGAGGCAGGAGAUGAGGCAGGAGUUGAACGAGAUAAAGAAGAAAGUGGAUAGGUGUGAGGUGGAGUACAUAGCCGGUCAGUCUAGGGGUCCCACGAAUCCGUUCAAUAAUUCUAAUUCCGGCUGGCGCGGUAGUGGCAAUUCGAAUGGUUAUCGUUCGUCUGGAAAUCCUCCUGGAUUUCCAUCUGGUCAGUAUCAGAGUAGAGGGCCCGAUAUUUACACGAGUUCUAGUUCAGGGCAGUUUAGUGGGCCAGGUUCGAGUGGGCAGUAUGCGAGUGGAGGACCGAUUCAAGAGAAUCAAGGCAGUGGAAAGGCUCCUGAGGUUUGUACGAACAGGUUGGAGGAGAUGUUUGCCCAAAUGAUGACACGGACCACGGCGUUCAUGAAAAAUCAGGAGCAGACUAACAAAAAUCACGAACUUCAGCUCAAGAGUCAGCAGGCCACCCUUCUCGAUCUCCAGAGAACAGUAGGUGGGCUUGCUAAGCAGUUACAGGAGCAUCCACCGGGUCAGUUUUCGGGAAACACUUUCACGAAUCUCGCGAACCAGUCAGCGAAGGCGAUUACGACCCGUAGUGGGAAGAGUUUGGGAGAGGUUGUGAGAGAAGGAGUUGAGGAUGAGAGAGAGGAUGAAGUCGAUAAGGAGAUCGAGAUGGAGGCUCCAGGCAAGGUGCACACGAGGCUAGCCCCAGCAAAUACCGCACACGCCGAGGAGUCGCCAGUAGAGAAGAGAGUAGAGAGGCAGCCGACGAAGGUUCGGCCGGCACCGGUGAUUGAUUAUUCUCGCCUUCCAUUCCCCGCCCGUGCCAGGCAGCAGAAAUAUGCCCAGGAGUACGGGAAAUUCCUCGAGAUGUUUACUCAGUUGAAGAUCAAUCUUCCGUUCAUCGAGGCGCUUCAGUCUAUGCCUAAGUAUGCGAAAUUCCUUAAAGAUCUUUUGAAGCGUAAGGAGAGAAUCGGCGAGCUUUCGAAUAUUCCGUUGACAGGAGGUUGUUCCGCGGUAGUCUUGAAUAAGCUACCAGAGAAGUUGACCGACCCUGGCACAUUCACGAUUCCAUGUUUCUUUAGGGGAGCCGUUACCCCUGCUCACGCCUUAGCCGAUUUAGGGGCCAGCAUCAAUCUGAUGCCAUUUUCGUUGUAUGAGCGACUUGGUCUAGGAGAGCUUACACCCACGCGCAUGUCAUUGUCCUUGGCUGACCGACCAGUCAAGUAUCCUCGUGGGAUAGUAGAGAAUUUGUUGGUGAAGGUUGAUAGUAAAACUGAAUGA